CCCAAGCUCUAACUUGUUUCAGUCCCUUCAUCUUUGUCUCUUCCUAGCUUCAGGGAAGUGACUGUGGAGACUGCUCUCAAGCUUUUCUCAUACAGGUCUUUCUGUGCUUCUCCCUGAGAAGAUGAAGCUCCCAGGAAUUCCUCCCAUAAGCCUUGGGCUUCUCCUCAUGAUGGCCACUCUCCCAACUGGAACUGGGCAAGAACGGAAAGAACCAGGAGAGUUUGUGAAGCAGGACAUUGGCGGGCUAUCUCCAAAGCAUGGUCCAGAUAUCCCGGAUGACAGUACUGACAACAUCACCAUCUUUACCAGGAUCCUGGACCGUCUGUUGGAUGGCUAUGACAACCGACUGAGACCUGGGCUUGGAGACACUGUCACUGAAGUCAAGACGGACAUCUACGUGACCAGUUUUGGCCCUGUCUCCGACACAGACAUGGAGUAUACCAUCGAUGUGUUCUUCCGGCAGACCUGGCAUGAUGAGCGUCUCAAAUUUGAUGGGCCUAUGAAGAUCCUCCCACUCAACAACCUUCUGGCCAGUAAGAUCUGGACCCCAGAUACCUUCUUCCACAAUGGCAAGAAAUCUGUGGCCCAUAACAUGACCACACCCAAUAAGCUGCUGAGGCUGGUGGAUAAUGGGACACUUCUCUACACAAUGAGGUUGACCAUUCAUGCUGAAUGUCCCAUGCACUUGGAAGACUUCCCCAUGGAUGUGCAUGCCUGCCCACUGAAGUUCGGAAGCUAUGCCUACACAAAGGCUGAAGUGAUCUAUUCCUGGACUCUUGGAAAAAACAAAUCUGUGGAAGUGGCCCAGGAUGGCUCUCGCCUGAACCAGUAUGACCUGCUGGGCCACGUCGUUGGAACUGAGAUUAUCAGAUCUAGUACAGGAGAAUAUGUCGUCAUGACGACCUACUUCCACCUUAAACGCAAGAUCGGUUACUUUGUGAUACAGACCUACCUACCCUGCAUCAUGACUGUCAUCCUGUCUCAGGUUUCUUUCUGGCUUAACCGGGAAUCUGUCCCUGCUCGUACAGUCUUUGGGGUCACCACUGUCCUCACCAUGACCACCCUGAGCAUCAGCGCCAGAAACUCUCUACCUAAGGUGGCGUAUGCGACGGCCAUGGACUGGUUCAUAGCCGUCUGUUAUGCCUUUGUGUUUUCUGCGCUGAUUGAAUUCGCCACUGUCAACUACUUCACCAAACGGAGCUGGGCUUGGGAUGGCAAGAAGGUGAUAGAGUCUCAGGAACAGAAGAAAAAAGAGCCGAUGACCUUGGCCAAGAAAGCAAACAACACCUACAACAUCGUGGGGACCACCUAUGCUCUCAACAUUGCCAAGGACCCUGGCCUCUCCACCAUCUCAAAGAGUGCCGCAGCCACCGCUACUGCCUCAGGGGCAGCUGUCUCCCCACCCAAGACACCCCAUGUGGUAGAGAGUCCCCCUGAAACCAAGAAGACCUACAACAGUGUCAGCAAGGUGGACAAGAUCUCCCGCAUCAUCUUUCCUGUGCUCUUUGCCAUCUUUAAUCUUGUCUACUGGGCCACAUACGUCAACCGGGAGUCAGCCAUCAAGGGCAUGAUCCGGAAACAGUAAAGCCACAGUUCCACACACUUCAUUGCCAAGAAGCAUCCCAGGAGACAACGCCCACGGGUCUUCACUCAUUUCCUUCUGAACAUGCAGGCUCUGCUUUAAAACCAUCAGCCAAGUUGUGACUCUUUCAUUUGGCUCACUUUGGGCUGUCAACUUCAAAAAAUGUCAAUAAGGAAAUCUGCCUCUAACAUUGGGAGUCUGCCCUCCAUCAGUACCAUUUGCUGCUACCAGUCUUUUGGUUCACUAGCUUCCCCAUCUUGCCUGCUCCCCUCAGCCCUGCUAGUCCUCAAAAGAAAGUCAGUGUGAAUACCCAUAAUUCCAUGCUAACAUCCUACAGUUGUACAUACCUCUUUGAGUAUCCCCUCCCUAUGCCUAGUCGCCAUGUAUUCACCAUGGAGUACUUUGGCUGCCCUUGGUAUUCCAAGGUGAUGAAGCAGUACUUGGGGGCCUAGGCCAGACUCAUUAGCCUCAUGGGUGUAUUUAACUGAGAUUCCAUAAUGGGGAUAAACAACAGCUGGAUUCCCAUACUA